CGUGUCUGAUAUGAGAAUGAUAAAGAGCUGAUCUUUGAGCUGUGCAGGUUCAGACUGGUUUGUGCUUUGAGGUGUUUGGGUUCCUGCGGCGCUGAAGAAGGACGACCAUCGAGCUCAUGAGAGGAGCAGAAAGCUGUUUGACUGCAACAAGUUCAGUGGCUGCAGGUUUUCACCACCAUGGAAAGGAUCCAUCAGAACCCAGGACCAGAACCAGAACUUAGCUUUGACUCCAUGAAAAAUGCUCGUUCAAAGGGCGCCGCCAUGUUCUUUGAAAGACAACAACGUUCUGCUGUGGAGGAGACCCAUCAGAACCCAGAACCAAAACCAGGACCAGGACCCAGCAGUGUGUCUCUGAGGAGUGAUGGAUCAAAGGCUGACAUCAUUGAGUUUAAAAGACGACAACAUUCUGCUGAAAAGAAGAUCCAUCGGAACCCAGAACCGGGGCCGGGACCAGGACCAGAACCCAGCAGUGUGUCUAUGAGGAGUGAUGAAUCAAAGGACGACAUGAUUGAGUUUAAAAGACGACAACGUUCUGCUGGAAAGAAGAUCCAUCAGAACCCAGAACCAAACCCAGGACCAGAACCAGAACCCAGCAGUGUGUCUAUGAGGAGUGAUGGAUCAAAGGUUGACAUGAUUACCUUUAAAAGACGACAGCGUUCUGCUGUAAAGAAGAUCCAUCAGAACCCAAAACAUCCAGAACCAGAACCAGAACCCAGCAAUGUGUCUAUGAGGAGUGAUGGAUCAAAGGUUGACAUGGUUACCUUUAAAAAACAACGACGUUCUGCUGGAAAGAA